UCCCAGCUCCUGGAUGAGCCGCUCGCUCUCGCCCCAGCUCGGCAGGAAGGCUCCGGAAACAUCCUCGAAGCAGCCCCGCGCCCAGCCAAGGUUUGGAAACAGUCGCGCAGAGAAAACCGCCGGAGGGGCGAGAAAGGACGAGGCUUUGUCGCCUGCUGCCUGCUCGGUCGUUUGGCAAAGAGCGGGGGGGGAAAGCCGCCGCAGGAGCAAGACCGCUUGCCAGGGGGCCAAAUUCUGAGGAUUGGGGUUUGUUCCUUCGCCUCCUCCCUUUCUUGUCCUUGUGGCUUUUCUGAACCCCCUUUACCUUUUGAAAAAAAUAUUAUUUGGGCGCGGCUAGCUUUCCUUCGUUGACUCGCUUGACUCCUUAGAGCAUCUCUCCCCCGUUAUUUUUUUAACGGGAAAAGAGGCCAAUAGUGUGUUCAUUGGGGGGGGGGGUCACGUCCAACACCUGGCGCUCUCUUUUUGUGGCGGGGAGGGGAGCUUUGGAUCUGCCUUGAUCCCCGUAUGAAUCGGGGUAUGAACACCCCGAUCGUGGGGUGUUUUUUAAACAACUCUACAGAUCGUGGUGGUCUUGCAGUUGGUACCUGUUGCUCCAUGAUUUUAAAGACUUUACAAAAUCAAGAGAAAGCACCUGGUUUCUUUCUUUCUUGAAAAGACUGAUUGGGCCGGGAUCGGUUGUUUGCUCGGAAGUCCCGACGCUAAUACCGAGUUUGUGAUCUAGACUGGGACCAUCAUCCAACUCAUGCAAGCGGUUUUUUUUAGUUGAUUAAUUUCAACCUGGCUUUUUGGGGAGGGGGGGGUCUUUCAUUUAUUUUCAUUCCAAACCUUAAUUUAUUUUCUUCGCUCCCCCCCCCCUUUUAAAAUAAAAAAACGCCAUGAAGAUGAUUUUAGUGCGCAAAUUCCGGAUCCUCAUCCUGAUGGUCUUCCUGAUCGCCUGCACCAUGCAUAUCAUGAUUGAUCUGUUGCCCAAGCUGGAGAAACGGGCGGCGGCGGCGGCGGCGGGUGCCGACGGAGAAGGUAUCGGCGGCGGAGCUGGCCACGCCAGCCCCGGCUGCUCCUGCUUGCACGCCGCCGCUGCCGCCAACAACAAAGCGGGAGAAGCAGCGCGGGACUGGGCGAGGAAGGCGCAGCCGCCGCCGGCGCCUCAAGAGCGGGCCAACGCCGGCGCCUCGGAGGCGGCUGCCGCGGCCGGCUGGCCUAGUAAACACACGCUGCGGAUCCUGCAGGAUUUCAGCAGCGACCCCAGCUCCAACCUCAGCUCGCACUCCUUGGAGAAAGCCACCCCGGAAAGAGCCGGCGCUUCCAAGCGUUUGCAGCGGCAGCAAAACGGCUUCAGCGCCGGCCCGGACCUGACCCAGAAAGCGCUCAUCCAAGAUGGGAGGCGGGCUAGCGGCGCGCCCGGGCAGCCGCCGCCAUCGGGGAGUAGCCGCCUGGGCGGCCGCCGCAGCCACCACCAACCGGGCUACGAGAGGGAGGAGGAAGGCGCGCCUUACUCCAAGCUCGCGGCUCUCUUCGAGCACCCGCUCUACAGGCUGCCCAUCCCGCCGCUGGGCGACCAAGAUGCCUUGUUCAACGUCAACAGCGACAUCCGAUUUAACCCCAAAGCGGCGGAGAAUCAGGAAUGGCAAAAUGAAGGCAAUGAAGAUGAAGAAUUUCUACCCACCGGAGAAACAUCGAUUGAUGCCUAUCCAAACUGGCUCAAAUUCCACAUUGGCAUUAAUAGAUAUGAACUGUAUUCCAGACACAACCCAGCAAUUGGAGCCUUGCUUCAGGACCUUACCUCCCAGAAAAUAACAAGUGUUGCAAUGAAGUCUGGAGGUACCCAGCUCAAGCUGAUCAUGACAUUCCAGAACUAUGGGCAAGCCUUGUUUAAGCCAAUGAAACAAACAAGAGAGCAAGAAACUCCUCCAGACUUUUUCUAUUUCUCAGACUAUGAACGGCACAAUGCUGAAAUAGCAGCCUUUCACCUGGACAGAAUCCUGGAUUUUCGCCGCGUCCCACCAGUUGCAGGCAGAUUAGUUAACAUGACCAGAGAAAUAAGGGAUGUUACACGUGACAAGAAACUAUGGAGGACAUUUUUCAUUUCACCAGCCAACAACAUCUGUUUCUACGGCGAGUGCUCUUACUACUGCUCCACUGAGCAUGCUCUUUGCGGGAAACCAGAUCAGAUCGAAGGCUCCCUUGCGGCCUUUCUGCCAGACCUUUCUUUAGCCAAAAGAAAAACCUGGAGGAAUCCGUGGAGACGCUCCUACCACAAACGAAAGAAAGCAGAGUGGGAAGUGGAUCCAGACUAUUGUGAAGAGGUUAAACAAACACCACCCUAUGACAGGGGGACCCGAGUUUUGGAUAUAAUGGAUAUGACCAUUUUUGACUUUCUCAUGGGCAACAUGGAUCGACAUCACUACGAAACCUUUGAGAAGUUUGGAAAUGAGACAUUUAUUAUCCACUUAGACAAUGGAAGAGGGUUCGGGAAAUAUUCCCAUGACGAGCUUUCCAUCUUGGUGCCUUUAAACCAGUGCUGCAGAAUACGGAAAUCCACCUACCUGCGAUUACAACUGCUAGCCAAGGAGGAAUACAAACUCAGUCACCUGAUGGAAGAGUCUUUGCUGAAGGACAAGAUUGCACCCAUCUUGUACAAAUUGCACCUCGAAGCAAUGGACAGGAGGCUCCGGAUAGUCCUUGGGGCCAUCAGUGACUGUAUAGAAAAAGAUGGUUACAGCAACGUGGUUGAAAAUGACUUUGUAACUGACAUGAACACUAUGACAACCAAGAGGUAGUAGAAAUCACAGGACCGUGUUUUUAUUAGCUCUGUAAAAGAAAGAACGAAACAAAACAGUCUUGUGAAGGACUGUGUAUGCCACUGCAUGAAUUCAGUGAAUUCAGAAAUUGCUAUUAUAAUUGUUUCAAAGUAGAUAAGGCGUAGACUCUGCAAAGGAUUUAGGUUGAGGAUGGGCAAUGCCAGGGCCUCUGGGACUCAGGUAACCAGCUGAAGCAGUUUGGGUGGCCCUUGGGGAGUUCCCAUGUUUUCAGUGGAUAUGGCCUCCUAAGUUACCAUAGUCUUCAUAAAGUCCUGCUUCCUGCAGACCUUAAAUUAUUUCUUACCAUUGCCCAUGAUGGCAUUGUGCUACACAUUGCGGGCAGAGCUUCUGGUAAGCCCUGCCUCCUGCAGUGUUGUUAUAGUUCCUUCAAUGAGUUUGUAACCAAGCCCUCAAGCCCUAUCCUACAGUCAUGCAUAGAAACGCACAUGCAGGGCACAUGGGUGAAGCAUACCAGCAACACAUACCAGAUAGGGUUGUCUAUCUCUGGAUUAGGCAAUUGGAAAAUGAAAUGCACUUAUUGCUACACUUUUUAAAGAAAUGAUCCCCAAAAACAUAAUUUAGAAAAUAUUUGAGAUCAGUAAUGAAUGGUAAUUGCCCACUGGCAAAAUGCACUUCUUUUUUCAUUUCUUAUUUUUUUUUUCAUUUUGAGCUUGUUUAUUUGUAAAGAAAGCAGAUCUUUAUUUAAUAUUUUGUAUUUAUAUAUAAGAAAAGUUUAUUUGUUUUCAUUUUAAAAAUGCAAACCUACAUAGCAAAUUUCAAGGUGGAAGGGGGGUUUCUUCUAGAGGAAAGGGCAUAAAGAAGUCAUCUACACUGUUAAUGACUUUUCUGGGACUUGUUGCAUUACAGAAUCCAAGUUGGGAGGGAAAGAAUGAAAUGAUGAAAUCCACCCCCAAUUCAAAAUGGCAUGCACAUAGGAAGUGUAACACAUCAAGGGGAAGGUUGGCCUGUGAAUAUUACUGACAUGCUAGCUUUCAAUGAGCAAGGAAUUUGCAAAAUGGAAGAAGCUACCCACACACAUCUUGAAAUGGUACAGUCUUGUAAACGGAAAUACCUAAGGAUGGGGGAGAAAUUCAGUUCAUUUGGCAUUUAUAUGUGAACCUGCCUAAGUUUCACAUUACAAAACAAUACCCAAACUGAAACACAGUCAUCCUUUUGAAACUUGCACUCCUUCAAAUUUUGCAGUACAUUUCUAGCCAAAUAAUGUGUAGAAAAAUGUGUAUACUAGGAUGAAGCGUAGGUCAAAAUGCAGAAAUUCAUAAUAAUGAUAUUAGGCCAAAUUGGUUGCAAAAACGUAUAUUAAGUAGAAUUGAAUACAAAAUGUGCAUAUUUCUGCUUGGGACAGAAAUUAGCAUUAAAAUACAGAUGACUUUUCUGGAGGAGUUCUUUUUUAAAAAAAAAUAGCAGACUGAUGUGGAAAUGUGAGAAUGGAACAUAAGAUUGGAAAAAUGAGAAACUGAAAUUGACUGGUUCUCCCACCCCUAGUUAUCCUGCCGCCUUUUUCUCAAUGUGCACAUCAACCAUUAGCUUCCUAUGUUAGCCUUCAAGUGGUUUCCUUCACUGUACCUUAUUUAAAUUGCUUUCCCUCCACUCCACCUGCGCCUUCUCAAUGUUUCAAGGAUGAAGACGUCUCAACUGUUUUCAAAGGCAAGAAAAAAAACCCUGCACAAUAAAUGACAUCCCACACAGAAGUAAUCAAAGUUACAGCAAGGUAGUAGUCAGACAAUGAUUUUGAUAAUUUGUGCAUUGACAGAAAUACUUGAAUGUGGUUUUACAAAGUGAUGUAAAGAAAAAAAUGAUAAAUGGUACUAUUUAUCCAUAAGAAAGUAGCAGCUCUUAUCUCUCUAGACUGUCGUAGCAGGGCUGCUGCUUUCCCGACUUUGCUUUUGAUAGUUUUUGUGUAAAUAUAUACAUAUACGAGUUUUAAAAAAAAUUGAGGAUAAAACAAAAAAGCUGCUUUCAGCAGCAAUAGACUUACUUUUGCAGCCUUUUUUUGUGGAUUUGUUUGCAAUGUGGUCCCAGUGCAAUAAAGAUAAUGGCAAAUGUGUAGCCAGAA